CUUUGCAUCGGGCGGCCGGAGACAGCGUUUCAGGCGGCUGAAAUUCGCACGCAAACGGUCUCUGCGGAAAACUACGUAAAAAUUUAAACAAACUUUUUAAACUACUCUGUUAACAUGUUGACUUCGUUUUUUGUCUCUAACAAUACAUACUUGGUGUCAUAUAACUUCUAAAAAUAAUUUAGACGAAUCUAAUUCUUGUGGACCUGUUAAUUACAGUGAUGUAGUGAUAAAUGAUAAAUAGUUUAUGUCAAUUGCGUUAAAAUGUGAUUUAUGUGAACAAAGACAUAUGAGUAAAUAAACGUUAUUGUUUGUUUCGUGUGCACACAUGCCAUUUAAAGUGAAGUGAUAUAUAAAAAUAUCAGUUGAAGUUUGUAUAAGUAAUUUCUAUGUGAAGGUUAAAAAAUCAGUAAGUGCGCAAUGUCAACUUCGGGAGCGGGGACUAGCAUGCUAAUCGCUUUGCAAACAACCUGUAAGACGGCGUUUGGUUCUGCCCCUUGUGUGCCUUGCGUGUUAGCACAGUGAGCUAAGAAGGCCUCACUUAGCGAAGAACAAAGGAUACUGUCGUUGUUAUCUGCUUAUCACAAGACACCAUGGACACUAGCACAACAAAUUCAAGUCAAGAUGACGACACGGAUUGGUCGAGAAAUUCAACGAUGGAGGAGUACUCUUAUAUUGCACACAAUGCUACCGACUCUUACGACACACUAUACGACGUUCCCACCGGCAUGAUAGUGCUGCUGUCUUUUUUAUACGGGUCCAUAUCGGUGCUGGCCGUGGUGGGGAACUUCCUGGUGAUGUGGGUGGUGGCUACAUCGCGGAGGAUGCAGAGCGUCACCAAUUGUUACAUAGCAAAUCUAGCGUUAGCCGACAUAGUUAUAGGAUUGUUCGCUGUACCAUUCCAAUUUCAAGCGGCGUUGCUGCAGAGGUGGUUACUGCCGCACUUUAUGUGUCCCUUCUGCCCAUUCGUACAAGCCCUCAGUGUCAACGUCAGCGUCUUCACGCUGACAGCCAUCGCGGUGGAUCGACAUAGAGCGAUUAUUACCCCUCUGAGCGCACACACGUCCAAACGCAUAGCGAAGGUGAUUAUAGUUUUUAUUUGGCUACUGGCUCUGUCUUUGGCAGCGCCUAUGGCCAUGUCUUGGGAAGUCAUAAUGGAAGAUGAGCUAGAUCCUAUUACAAAUCAAAUUUAUAAGAAGCCAUUUUGUGCUCCUAGCGAGUUCGGCUCGCAUUCCUUAGCAAUCUAUAGACUGCUUUUGUACAUAUUUCAGUAUGUGAUCCCGCUUUGCGUGAUAACAUUUGCAUACGCACACAUGGCGAUGAAGCUAUGGGGUGCGCGUGCACCGGGUAACGCACUCGAAGCGAGAGAUGCAAAUCAUAUGAAAAACAAAAAAAAGGUGAUAAAAAUGUUGGUGCUGGUAGUCGCGCUCUUUGCUCUGUGCUGGCUCCCGCUUCAGAGCUAUAUGCUAUUGCAGUCGUUUUUCCCUUCGAUAAACGAGUACAGAUACAUCAACGUGUUAUUUUUCUGCUUCGACUGGUUGGCGAUGAGCAAUUCUUGCUAUAAUCCAUUUAUCUACGCCAUUUACAAUGAAAAGUUCAAAAAGGAAUUCAAGCAGAGAUUUACAUUUGGGAAGAAGCCUAAUAGAUUUGCCAACGAUAGCUAUGAGGAUGGACAGUCCUACAGGACCAGGAUACUAUCAUUUCGGUCAACAAAUGACAGAAGCGUUUAUUCGGCAAGAAAAUCGAUAAAUAUCGCCCUGGAUGAUACUUUGAAGCCUCCAGGAAGAAAUCCUUGCCAUUGUCUGAGAAGCCAAAGUAACUUGCAGGGCGGCAAUGGUUUUAGACUUAUGAAACCUGAAGUACAAACAGAUCAGAACAACAGCUUUAGAUCUAAUGAUAGUAAAAACAAAAGAAGACCAACAAAAAGAAUAUCAAAUGAUAUGCCUAUCGGUGAUGAAAGGGUUAGUGAACUGUAUAUAUUUCCUAAUAGUAACAUUGUAGAGUUUACAGACAUAUCUUACGAUGACAAAGUGUAAAUAUAAUUAUAGAAAGAGAAAUUCCAUUACAUUGUUAUUAUUUAGAGAACUGUCCAUAGUUAUUUAUUUAAUACUAUAAUUAAGAAUAAAUAACUAAAUUAAGAAUCUU